GGAAAUUUCAGCUCUGCUUUGUUGUGAAUUUAAGCAGUUUUCAUUCUUAUCGUGCUGCAGUUUCAUUUGCUGGUGUCAGGAUGAUUCUUCCCAACAUAGGAGCGCUAACUGUGGUGUGCUGGAUAAUGUGUGUGAGAAACGCAGAGUCUCAGGCAUAUGCUCCAGCCCCUACAUUCGGAUAUAGAUUCAGAAUAAAUGAAAGUAAUAUUGAGCUAAACACUAUAGUAGAGGUUGCUUGUAGCACCACCUGGAAUGCUCCGUAUCCCAUAACUUUGUCUGUGGGCAGGUUGGAAAGCCCCUCGCAGACCCCAGAAACCUCAGAAGCCUGGGUGACAUCUGACGUCAUCAAUCAUUCAGAUGUCAAAUAUUUCACAAUCCCUGCAACGGCCAAGUUUGAAGGAAAAAUUGUAUGCUGGUACAAAUCCACUAAAACUCACUUAAAGAAUCCAUAUUCUGAAUUAAGCAGCCCUAUAACCUUAGUCGUAUCUGCCCUCCCUCAUCCCAAAGUGACUGUGCAACCCAAACUUUUUCGUAAGGGUGAAAAUUACAAUGUAUAUUGUGACUCAGGCGAUAUCCUAGCCACAAACUUCACACUGAGUCUGUAUUACCGCCUCCUCCCCGUCACCCCUGGCACCAACUGGACCCUCGCUGGUUCAGUGUUUCUCACAAAUGUCACCAGUAUCGUUUUAAGACAGACAAAUGUUGUUGUCCCAAUAGAGUUUGCUUGCAGUAUGGAGAUGUUGUACAAUGGGAAACUCUUACAUUCAUCUCUGUCCAACAGUGAACAAGCCAUCCCAGAAGAGCUUCCGGUUCGGCUCUGGGAGCAGGAACGUGGCGAGAGCUGUCUAGGAUAUCUGGAUAUCACUCUCAAAGGCAAGUGGGAACCUGUUUGUCAGAAGGAAAUCGAUACCACAGCCGAUUCAUCUGCCGCUGCUGCCACGGCUGAAGUGGUGUGCAGGGAACUGGGAUGUGGGCAUGUGCUGAAGUGGGAAAGGCUUUUGGACAACAGACGGCAGUUCACACAGACAGUUGGGGGCAUCAGAUGCACUGGGGAAGAAAAAAAGAUCAAAGAUUGUUCAGUGGAGGAAAUUGACGUUUGCAGGCAGAGAGGCACUCUCUAUAUUGUUUGCUCAGAUACAUUGCCCCGUCCUAAACUGUCUGUGGAUAGGUAUGGUCCUGACCCCAAACUUUAUGUCACGGACAAAGAAAAUAUGAAAAUCUCCUGCUCCAUCCACUCAGCUUAUUUAAAAUCAGACGACUAUGGGUACUUUGAGUUUCGAAAGGAUGGUGCAUAUUUGACUCAGCGUCAAAACAUGCCAGGCUACCCCGCAUCUUUCACAGAGGAUGCCCCAGUGCCUCAAGGAGAGUAUGAAUGUGUAUUCCAUCUUACGUCUUCUAAAAUUAAACCAGUGUCUCAGCCCAGCAAUUCAGUCUUCAUUUACAUAUACAUUCCUCCAGAUCCAGUGCCAAUUGUUACAGGUGUUCUCACAACUGCUGUUGGGUUAGCAGUUCUGGUGUAUAUUUGUGUAUACAGGACUGCGGCAAAAGAGGAACAGCCUAAUGAAUUUCCACAGACCAGUAGUGAAAAUCCAUAUGCCGGCCACUCAUCUCAGCAACUGGAAGCCUAAGAAAUGUCUUUUAUGGCUUAAAAUUGUAUUUAAUUUCUUCCCCACAAACUUUAAUGUUCGAUAAAUAUUGAAGAAGGCUAAACGAUCAGUUAAUUUUGCAAUGUGGUUGUACCAAAAUUUUUAGGAGAAGAGAAUAUUUAGGUAUCAAAGUUAAUGUAAAAAAAAACUAAACUACUGUAGUGUUGUAGAGAAUCAAGAAUAAGGGAGUUCUGCAUAAAGUGGAUCAACUUUAUUGUAAUUAUUAUAUUGAAUGUAUCUGUUUUAAUCGUAUUAAAUCUUUUUUUCUGUCUUAAGUUUAUUUGUGGUUUCAAUGUCAAAUUUUUAUCCAGAUGUAGUUAUUUAAUAAUAAAAUUGCCUAUAGUUGGUGAAAACAUUUAAACAUUUGAAGCAACAAACACAAAUCAAAAAGACAAAUAUUGUAGUCUCAGAUUUAUUGUAUUCAGAAUUAAAGUUGGUGUCAGGUCAAUCAAUACAAAAUAAAUCUGGUUUAACAUGG